AUGGAUUUCUUUGACAUGGACACUACACGAAACCUGUUUGAACAAAUGCCUAUUAAGAAUACACAUUCAUACAUUGCAAUAACCACAACUUAUACUCAUGAUGGAUUCACUGAUGAAGCAGAGGCCCUGUUCCACCUGAUGCGGGAUAUCUGUAAUGGUCGAAAUCCUCAUCCCAACCGCACUACUAUAGCCACCAUUGUUUCUGCCUUUGCACAAUCCGAGUCUCCCAGCCGAGCGAGAUUUCUCCAAGCCUACAUUGGCCACCAUGGCACUUAUUUACUUAAUGAUCACAACAUUGCUGCCCUUAUAGACCUUCAUUCAAAGUGCAAAAAUAUCGAUAAAUCUUAUAAUCUCUUUUGCAUAUGGAAGCAAAAGGAAUUGGUUUGCUACAGUGCGAUGAUAGAUGGGUGUGGGAUUCAUAGAUGCAUUGCGAAAGCAGUCAAACUGUUUGAUCAGGAGAUUCAGGAAGCCAAUUCAAAUGAGCAUCCGGUAACUGAAUUGUACAAAAAAAUUGUAAUGCCCCAAUAUCUAAUUUGGAAAGAAUUUCAGUCAAUCCAUUAA